AUGCCUCAGUGCUUUGCAUAUGGUUGCCGCAAUCGCCGAGACUGUCUGCCACCCGGUUUAUCAUUCCAUCGGUUUCCACGUGAUAUCAAACUGUGUACCCGAUGGGUGGUUAACUGUGGCACAGAUGUCUGUAACAUAAGUCAAUUUGUCAAAGCUGAGGUAACCAGUGUAAAGCCACUGCAUUUCCUGUGUUCAAACCAUUUCGAAGAGAGCCAGUUCGAACUGAAUUUUAUGCAUCAGUUACUUCCAGAUGGCAUGAAGCCACGACGUCCAGUUAGAAGACUAAUUAGAAAUGCGGUGCCUACACUAUUUGGUUUCUCCACAAAAAAUCUACGGACAUCAACAAUACGUCGCCUUCAGCGCAAACAACACAUAAAUCUUAUUGAUGAACUACUAACUACCACACAGCCCACAUUACCGGAGAUUGUGACGGAACAACUGUCGCAAAACCACAAGAUUGACAGUGCAGCGAAACGUACCGUGAAAUGUAAGCGAAGUGAACCAGCAGCUGAGUUAGUACAGCAGAAUGAUGAAGAGCAACCAGAAGACCGUCCGGCCUGUCAAGAACAUGUGGAGGUGCCUGAAAGUUUUGAAGAAGUUGCUAUUGAGUUUUCCAGAGACGAGUGGAAGAUGCUAAGUGAACGGGAGAAAGUGCUGUACAGGGAGGUGAUGGUUCAGAAUUACGAGAACAUGGUUUCACUAGGUUAUAGCAUCCCACUGGAGCAGCUUUGUUUACUUCUUGCAAAAUGUGAAUCACCCCCAUCUCAUGAUACAGGAGGAGGGAUGUUGCAGCCAGAUCUGCUUCCUGAUGCCAUGCAUGAUGUUAAGAAGAAUACAGAUUUCAGCAAGUUUCAGAGUCAACAAUUAUCACUUGGGACCUACACUUAUUCUGAAAGUGACAAGACUUUGCCAGAUGAGAAAAUAUUCACAAGACAUGACCCUGUGCAGAAUGACAGCAGGCAGGAUAAUUGUCUGGAGUACAACAAAGGACUUAAUGCGAAAACUAAUGUGGAAGAGCUUCUGGAAACUUGUAAUGAAUUUACACUUAACAGUAACAGCUUAACUGCUCAUUUAAUCCACAGUGUAGAAAGACAAAAUAAUAGUUUAUCAGAACCCACAGAGAAAUUUAGUAGAGAAAUCAUCAUGUGUGACAAUGUAUCUACAAGAGAAAGCUGUGUAUGCAGUUAUCACAGCAUUUACAGUGGACAGAAACCCUCUAAAGUUUGUACAUAUGACAAGGGAUUUGCAGAUGGAAGAAGUCCAUCAGUGCAUCUGAGUGACCACAGUGGACAGAACCCCCACAGAUAUGCCACAUGUGACAAACCUUCGGCAGCACUUGAGAUUUCCCACACUGGACAGAAAUUCUACAGAUGCAGUAUAUGUGACAAGGGUUUUUUAUAUAAAACCAGUCUGACUGCUCAUGAGAUUGUACACAUUGGAAAGAAGCCGUAUAAAUGUAGCACAUGUGAUCGACUGUUUUUAUAUAAGAGUAAUUUGGCAUUGCAUGAAAUUAUCCACAGUAUGCAGAAGCCUUAUAGAUGUCCUACUUGUGCCAAGGGUUUUGUAAGGGCAAAGAGUUUAGCAGAACAUGAGGGCAUUCAUCGUGGACAGAAGCCCUAUAAUUGCACUUUAUGUGACCAGGGUUUUACAUUUAAAAGUAGUUUGGUACGGCAUCAGAAUAUUCAUACCAGUCAGCGACUAUACAAAUGUGCUAUAUGUGACAAGGGAUUUAUAAGUAAGAGCAAUCUGGCAGCCCAUGAGACUGUCCACACAGGGCACAAGCGCUAUAAAUGUAGCACAUGUGACAAGGGUUUUACACGCAGAGAUUGUUUGGAAGCACAUGAGAGUAUCCACACUGGACAAAAGCGCUUUAUAUGCAGCACAUGUGGCAAGGGUUUUGCACGCAAGGACAAUCUUGCAUCUCAUGAGACUAUUCACACAAGGCAGAAGUCCUAUAUAUGUAAUAUGUGUGACAAGACUUUUACCCGCAAAAAUAGUUUGACACUUCAUCAAAGGAGUCACGGUGUGAAGGAAACAUAUAAAUGCUCUAUAUGUGAUGUGGCUUUUACACUUAAGAGUGACCUGGUACGUCAUAAAAGUACCCACGUUACGAAGCCACAGUAUAACUGCACCAUAUGUAAGAGAGCUUUUAUAAAUGAGAGCAGUUUGACACGGCAUGAGAUUACUCACAGUGGACAGAAACCCUAUAAAUGUACUAUAUGCAGCAAGUGUUUUAUAAGUAAAGGUAAUUUGGUACAACACCAGGUCAUUCACUCUGAUCAUAAGCCCUAUAAAUGUACCGUAUGUGACAAGAGGUUUUCACACCAGAUUAGUUUGGCAUCCCAUCAGAGUAUCCACAGUGGACAGCAGCCCUAUGACUUUAUGACGUGGCAAGACUUUGUACAGAUAAAUACAGUUUAGCAGUACAUUGUACUGACUGUAAUGGCAGCUCAAAAUAGUGGGCUAAUGUACACGGAUUACAAAGUCCAUUGAAAACGUGGGAGAAACGGACAGUUGCAGGUUCUGUAAAACAGAAAUGGAAACAGUUACACAUCUUGUUGCUGGGUGUGAUACACUCAUGGUUGUGGGUCUUGUAUACUGAAAGGCACAAUGAUGUUGGAAGACUGUGCAGACUUUGCAAAACAGAAGUAGAUGGAAAGCACUGGAAACAUGAACCACAAAGCAUUAUUGACAAUGGAAAGUUUGUAUAACAUGGGAUCGUCUUUAACCAAUAGUUAAAAAAUAGGUGCAAGAAAUCCAGAUGUAGUAGUCCAGGGAAAAAAGAAUAGAAAUGAAUCAUUGAUCAAUGAAGUGGCUAGACCCAGUGAUUACAGUGCCUUACAUACACAGAGAGAGACACGCAGUCUUAAAAUACCAGGAUUUGCAAACAGAAACAAGAAUACUAUAGAAGAAAGAUCCCCAGACAGUGCCAGAAGUAGUAGGCACAUCAUGAUUAGUAAAGGAGGUUGCAGUCAUAUUUAGAUGCGUCACCAGUAGUACAUGUAACUAUGUAUGAACUAAUAAAGGGGGCAGUUCUGGGCACAUUGCAGGUGAUGAGAAGAGCACUCUUGGCCAACAUCAAAAACUGAAGCAAUACUGAUUUAAUGAAGCUUAAGUAUGCCCUGACUUUGGAAUGGGGUUCAAUUCCCAUCAAGGUAAAAAAAAUAAAAGCAUUUCAAGAAAUUAAAUCAACAGAAAGAAGAAAGUAUAUAAAUCUGGGGAUGAAAAGAUAAAGAAAAUUGGGAAUUCCACAAUUAAACUUUCAAGUAUGUAGAACUGCUGGAUCCAAAACCCCAUGUUGGUCAUGAUUUGAUGCGUGAAUGGCUAAGGAGGGGUGGAUUAACUCAGAAGAUCAGAGGGUAAUAAUGACAACUCCAGAAUGUAAACUAUGGACUUGUUGGUUCAGAAAAUCUAUAGAAGAAUGGAAAACAGAUGCAAGUUCUGCAGCACAAACCUAGGUAUACAUUUUGUUCCAGCAUGUGAUACAUUCAUGACUGACGGUGUCUGAAAGACACAAUAAUGUGGCAUGGUUGUGUACAAGCAUUACAGUAGGCAAGCAGCUGAGAGGCACUGGAAGCAAACUUUUAAAUAAUUAUUGAAACUGAACACACAUUGUGAUCAUGUGGGAUCUCCCAGUAAUAGAAGUUAAUAAAAUAGAUGCAAGUAAGCAAUAUAUUGUAGUGGAAGAAAAAAGUGAAAAGCCGCAUUAAUUACUGAAAUAUAUAUACCUAAUGUUAAAGUGCCAUACUUAAUGAAAGAAAUAAAAUUACAGAAUAUCAAAAUAUACAUGCAAAAAUGAGCACUGUGGAAAAGGGACCCCAACUCAUUCUAGCAGUAGUAGGGGCAGCUGAGCUAAUAAAAAAGAAAUUCCAGGCAUAUUUCCAUAUGCAAUAUAAACAGUUAACUCCAUAUUAUGUUCAAAACAAGGCAGUUCUGGCUAUGUAGUGAGCACUGAGAAGAGCACUUUCUCAGACAUCAAAAGACUGGAGUAAAACUGACUUGGGUAAGGGCAGCAUUAAAGUUUAUAAAGAGUGUGUUACAUGUCCGUCCAGAUGUUAAAAAUUGUAAGUAUUUGAAGAAAUGAAGGGGGGGGGACAUACAAAUGGAUUAUAUAUAACUGGCAUUUAUAUAUAGUUAUAUUCUAACAGAGCACUGGAAUUUUCACCCUAGGCAGAACCCAUACAGUGUGAUAUAGCAAGAGGUUUUAACUUGUGUAUGCAGUUCAGCAGCAUAUACUGCACUAACUGUACAAGAUUGAAGGAACACUGACGGUAACACUGAAAACUUCUCUGACAUCCAGUAGUAAAUUUCAAAGUAUAAAUCAGCUUUUCCCCAUCAACAUUGAUGUAAUCAGUCUGCCACAGAAAGUAUUAUAGAACAAGAAAAAAAAGGUAUAUUCUUUCAUGAAGUCAGUUUAUGGUAGCAUUUUUCAAACCUGAUGGAAGCAUGACCCUCAUGUGGAUUGGUUAUCUGUACCAAUCUGCUGUAGUGGAACUUCGUACAUGACUACUGAUGGAGGCAUGACCCUUGCUCGAAUUGGUUAUCUGCACCGGUUCUGCUGUAGUUGAACUUCAUAACUGACUCCUGAUAGAGCCAUGACCCUCAUGUGGAUUGGUUGUCUGCACCGAUCUGCUGUAGUGGAACUUCGUACAUGGCUCCUGAUGGAGGCAUGACCCUUGCUCGAAUUGGUUAUCUGCACCGGUUCUGCUGUAGUUGAACUUCAUAACUGACUCCUGAUAGAGGCAUGACCCUCAUGUGGAUUGGUUGUCUGCACCGAUCUGCUGUAGUGGAACUUCGUACAUGGCUAAUGGAGGCAUGACCCUCAUGCGGAUUGGUUAUCUGUAACGAUCUGCUGUAGUGGAACGUCGUACAUGACUCCUGAUGGAGGCAUGACCUUCAUGCGGAUUGGUUAUCUGUACCAAUCUGCUGUAGUGGAACUUCGUAACUGACUCCUGAUAGAGCCAUGACCCUCGUAGAUUGGUUAUUUGCACCGAUCUGCUGUAGUGGAACUUCGUACACAAAUCCUGAUGGAGGCAUGAUCCUCAUGCGGAUUGGUUAUCUGUAAUCUGCUGUUGUGAAACUACGUACAUGACUCCUGAUAUCCAUAAAUCCAAACACAGUGGACAUUCUGAAUCAUGAAGCAUGUCUACUGACAGAUUAGUAGGUGUAUUUAUGAAUAACGAUAAGAUGGAAAUUAAGACAGAAAUGGUCUAUAGAUAAGUAGUAAUAGAAAGUGGAAAGAAAAAAAAUAGAGGGGGUGAAGGCUGGCGAAACAAGAAAAACUGCUUUAGAAAUUAGAGGGAAUGUCACAAAGCAAAGUGAGUUACACCAUAUUAAUAUAUAAUCUGGUGUCACUGUGCUCUACAUUUUAUUUUCCAUCUUUUUUCCUUGAAUUAACAAGCUGUAAUGCAAGUAUUUAUUUGUAUGUGUGGUACAGCUGCCUCUAAGUGCUGAUCUGUUUACAAGAUCUAGUAUAUAUAUAUAUGUAUAUACCCGCGGUGAUGGUGCUGUGGUAGCGUUGUCGCCUCACA